CUAAGAAGGGCUUGCAGCCCGGAGGUGGCAUGGUAGGCGGGGGAUGUGUUCUGUCUGGGACAGGGUCUCAGCCAGCUUCUACCUCCCGCCGGGCCGUGUGCCCUCCUCUCUGCUGACCUUUCGGUUUUGCAAACAGACUUCCAGAUGGGGAAACCGAGACUCAAAAAAGGUCAAGGCUGGCAUUUGAACAAGAGGCUGUGUCAGUCCAGAGUCCUGGGAAUGAAACAGAAGUGUCGGAGCGUGGGAGCUAGCGAAUGGGAAUUGUAUCCCUGAGGUGGGGGUCUCAGCCAAGACUGAGUCCGAGGGGAGCCGGAAGCCAGGAAGCCAAGGCUGAGCCUCCUCCCUCCCAGGCCUUGAGCUCAAGGUGCAACCCAAACACUCGCCAUCAUCCCUUUUACACACAGCUUCGCGUGACUGCUGGCAAGCUGGGCACCUUAGAGCAAUAGGGAGCCAUGAAGGGUGUGUGAGCAGGAGUCCAGAUCUGAGCUGCGGGAAGAAAAUUCGUCUAGGCCAGCCUGAAGGAUUAAACUAGCCAGGGCAAAUUCACAACGCACGAGUUUUCCAGAUUGCGAGGAGCUAGGACUCGAGGACAUCCGGGCUGCGCGCCAAGAGGAGAAGCCUUGGCUGCGGUAGCGUAGAAGCCGCCAGCCGGCUGCGUGCCAGCUGCCUGUCCCCAGUGAGGGCGACUGAAAAGGCCUGCAGCCACUUCUCCCAGCUGAAGCCAGCGGCGUCACCGCCACCCUGGAGCGCCCUCUACCAGUGUUCCAAGCAAAGAACUACAGCUCCCAGAAGACGAAGACAGAUUGUCGUACGCACGCGCAUAUUGAGAGUCGACGCUCGCUCGCCGUCUGCUGGUCGUUUCAGAGAACUACAUGCCACUUAGGACAUCUGUUUGUCAUCAUGCGCAGGCGUAAAACUACAACUCCCGGAGUGCCACGCGGCAACACAUGGAACUACAUUUCCCAGAGGCAUUGUCAUUGAGCCCACGGUCUAGGAACUGGCGGUAGCCGGGACAGAGUCACCCGCCGCUGGACAUGGCUUUCCUCGCCAGGACUUUUGGGUGUCCCGCCUGCAGAUCGGUGGCCCAGUUGGGUGGCAGGUGGCUCCAACCCCGGGUCUGGAUGGGGCUUCCGGACGCUUGGGAGCUGCCCUGCGUGCAGCAGCAGACCCGCGGCCGCACGCGCGGGAACGAGUACCAGCCCAGCAACAUCAAGCGCAAGCACAAACACGGUUGGAUCCGCCGGCUAAGCACCCCGACCGGCGUGCAGGUCAUCCUCCGCCGCAUGCUGAAGGGCCGCAAGUCCCUGAGCCACUGAGGAACGGCGUCCGGCGCCUGUGGGAACAGACUCAGACGCCUGUAGAACUGGCCCAGGGCAAGAAGUUGGGGACCGUCUCUUCCUAGGCUUUUGAAGUAUGAAGAAUUCAGUACUUGCAGAGCUCCUAGGUCCCCGCGUCCCCCAGCCCACAGCGGCGGCGCCCCCUCCUGCGUUAUCUCGACAGUUUCUGUGCAUGUUUCUGAAGGCAUCUUUGUAAUCUUGGCUUCUUAAAAUACCACACCACCUCUGGUGAUUCCAACCCCUCGGGAAUAUUACCUGCUCGCUAAUAAACAUUCCCGUUUCUGGG